CGCAGAUGGUGGCUUGAAGUGACUAAACACAGUGAAAACAAAAAAAUUGGGGGAUUAAGAUAAGACGACUCGUGAACAAAUUGAGAACAUCUCGAAUCAAAGUAGGAGUUCUGGUAACCAAGAAUGAUUUAGGGUGAAAGAAAAUUACCCGAACAAGUUACAACUAAAAUGGCGGAACAACCUACAUCGAGUACUACUAAUCCACUGCCUCACAGUCGAGGGGGAAGACAUCGUUCGCGUAAGCAGCAGAAGCCUUCAACGGCGGAAAGAGAGCAGAAGAAAGCUUCACGAUUGCAGGCUUUGGGUCCAACAGAGUCGAUAAAGGAAAAGCAGCAAAAGGCAAGGGAGGAGAGAGAAGCAAAGCGGUCUAUGAUUGAUUUUAGACAUGAAUAUGUGAUGAGUACAGUUGGCAGUACCCUUGGGUUAACAAAUGAUGAAGUCACAGAAUCUUUACUGGAAGGCAAUCAGAUUGAAACCAUGGAGGAUUUUUUCAAGGCAGAUGGUCUUUCAAAGAUUGUAUUUUAUUUUCAAGAAGUGGAAAGUUUACCAGAUGCGGUUGAACAUGUCAGACUAGGACCUGGUGGAGCUCAAGCAACCAACAUAAAAACCAAACCCAAAGUGUUUAUCACAGACACAAAGGAUAUGCAGCUCACAGGAGCAUGUGUCUUCUUCAUCAGAAUUAAUCCCACAAAAGCUCUUACAAUGGCAAACAUCAGCCAGGAAACAACGUUUGGUUUGUUGGAUACUCGUGGUGUUGGCGUUCUUCAAUCAGUUGAGAGAUUACUCGCGGAUAUCUACAUUCCUGCCCUAUCUAAGAGUUCCAACUGGGGUGAUUUAUCAGACAAACAUGGUGCAAGUGUACGAAACGGAUUCAUGAACCAACUGGACAAUUUUGUGGGUAUACUGUCCAGUGCAAAGGCCAGUUUAGAUGAUGCGGUGAGCCUUAAGGAGUGUGACAGCAUUGAUCUGACUAGGAUAAGUUCUCCUACCGAUUACAUAGCAGCUGCUAGCUCCAGUGAAACACUUGAGCAGAUUGAAGAGAUUGUUACGGCUUGGAUAAAACAGAUCGAGCAGACACCCCUGGCAUCAGCUGCCGGCAAAUCACUGAAAUGA